CAGGUGACGCAGUGUGCUAACAGGAAACACUUGGACGUUCCCUGUGACAAAACUGCCUUCGUUUUGACUAGUAACCCCCUUAAACAAGCUGUUCCCUUUCUAGGAAUAUGCUGUAUAUUUAUAAUGAAUGAAAUUGGCUGGGCGGAUGGAGUGGUUAUUCUUAAGUCUCGGAGUCUCUCGUUUUGGAGCUUGUUGCUGUUUUGCUAUAUAUUGGUUCGGAGUGUGUACGUGUGAGACUGCAUGCAGUUAGGGCUCGGUGUGUUUAAUAACCCUGCGUAUCAGCAUAACAAGAAUCAGUUCUGAUAAGUCUCGGGCUGAUUACAAGGGGUGUGUCUGUGUGUGUUGUGCUCCCCUUCGACCCUGGGUUGAUGUAGAUCUGCGAGAAAGACAGAGAGAGAGGUUCUGCUGUAUUUCUGCUGCAUCAGAAUUGUGUAGCUGCUUCUGUUUAGCAGACCCCUCAUGCUGCACAUCCUGUUCUUAGCAUUAUAACAAUGUAUUAGUAUCUGAGGAGUGCUUUUCACCAGCGAAGUGUACUUUGGAGAAAUGUUCAUCCUUUGACAUGUAGUGUUCUUUAUUCCAUCAGUCCAACUCAUGCAGUCAAGCAACUGCAGCGUGUGUUGUAGUUUUUGUAGUCUAGGACCUUCCUGGAGAUGGGUGGGAUAGCGGGGAAGUGUCGCAUUUCUCUGGCCGCAAGGUCUGUUUUUCAAAAAGAGCUUCUGAUCUGCAUCGUAGACUCCCUGGAAAUGUCGUCUUUACGUUUUUAAUCUCCUUGGGCUGACACAGAUCCUAAUAGCCGAAGGCGUUUGAAAUUCAUUCAGAAAUCUGAUCAGGAUUCGGAAUAACUUCAUAGAGGCACAUUUUGAAAGUGUUAUCCAAACGUGCAACAUUUUCCACUUUCACCGUUAUUUUGUGUUCUGUUAAACUUAUUGAUUUGUGAAAAUUCAAGCAGUUCUGCUCACCGUGUAGAGCAGACAAACAGGCUCCCCAUUUUGAAUGAGGACUCGAAAAGCGCUUGCUAGCUCAGGUCUGGACUGCCUGCUGCACAUGGUCAGCGCUACUGUAAACUGGGUCGUAAGAGAUGAAGAAAAUCCCUUCAUCCUACAAGCGCUGUCCUUGGAAAGGAUCCUCUUAAAGGAUUUGUUGGCUUCAGUCAUCUAGGCAGUUCUGAUUGGAUUUAAAGAUGCUGUGAGACCACUUUGCAAAUAGGUGCACACUUGCAGAUGGACUUGCUUUUCAAUAGGCGAGAGUUUGUAUUGUACCUUUUUUAAACUGAGAUUCGGCACAUGGUGAGGGUGAAGGAGUUUGUACCGCCCAUAGAGUAAGUACACAGGAAAAGUGAGUAGUGUAUGAACCAACAGGGACUUGCAAAAAGCAUGUAGCCUAUGAAAACUGAGACAACAACACUGUUAGUAGAUUUCUCCAAUCGCAUUAAUCACAUGUCAGAGAUACUUAGGCGGGUGGUGCUAUGACUAGAUUGAAAGUUGUAUAUUCGCUCACAAUUCUUAAUUGGCUUUAGGGAGCAUUGGGAUGAGCAGUUGAAUGUAUUUGAUGUACUACACAAGGCUAUGUACAUGUAUCUCCUGUAUGCCCAGCUUUAAACUGACUGCUUGUCUGCACCUGCUGGCCAAUUACAGAAUCCAGGAGCUCUGCAGGCAAGGAUCACAUUCCUGCACAGUAAGCACUUUCAGGGGCAUGGCACUACUAAGGUAUUUGGCGCCCUCUUAUGGGCUAACUAAACUAGGGCACAGUGUAUACUUAAUGGCCUGCAAGAUCUUUUGUGUGCGGAACAGAUCUGUACCUAUUGCAGACAUGCUAAGCAAAAAGUACCACUGUGUUUCAGCUGGUCUUCUCCGAUAUCUUUCCGUGUCUGUUAUAUUCAAAGUUAGCUUGCUAUGCUGUGUGUGAUCUGCCCAAACCAUUACUUCCUAUAUUGGCAACAACAAUAUAAAAAAAAAAAAAACUUGCAUUUAAACAGAAACUGUAGCUGCAAAAUUAAAAAAAUUAUUAUUAGGAAGCUUAAGCAAUGAUUAAGACUCAGCUAGAGAUCAUUUAACAAAAACAAGUGAGGAAGGGAGGAGCUGUAGAACAAGCCCAGCUUAGUUUCUUACUCAUGCUACCCAUGAGAGCUAUUAAAAGUGUCCAAGCCUGCAACGUAAUAUUUAAAAUAUGUCAAGCAUCUUGAAAGCUAUUUCUUGCAGCUCCAAACUACAGCCAGCCCAGAGGCAGCACACCGUUUUCAAACCGGGGGUCAUGCUCGGAACACGCAAGACCUGGGACCUUGGCCACUCCCCCAGUCUGCAGGAGCUCUGGAAGAAGGACUGCUCAUUGGACAGAAACGGUGUGGAUUUCCUGAUGGGUGACGGCGAGGAAGAGAGCAGCACCUACAUCCCCCUGCAGCCUUCUUUGUUCCAGGGCAGAACGAUGACCAUGGAUCACCAAGAGCCCAGCAACGAGCAGGACCAGCAGCUCGUCAUACAGGCCCUGCAGGAGAAGGUGUGUCAGUUCCAGGCUCGGCUCCGAAGCGAGGAGGCCAGUCGUAAGCUGCAGGUCCAGCUGAUGCGGAAAGCCCACGAGCAGAACGUCCACGAAAAGCUGGCCCUCAUCAAGAGCCUGCAGGAGGUGGUGUGUGAGCAGGAGAGCCAGCUACGCAAGGGGAAUGGCACUGCGGGGAGGCGGUCCAGCCUGGGCUCCCGGCCCGCUCCCUCAGUCCAGCGGCUGGUGGAGACUCUGACCUCAACCCAGGAGGAGAAGAAUCGGCUGCAGGAGGACCUGCUGUCCGCCCAGGAGAGGCUGUGCAGCCGGGAGAGUGAGCAGCAGGCCCUGAUCCGCAGACUGCAGGACCAGGUUGAAGACCUGAAGGAGAAGCUGUUGGACCAGGCAGGGGAGGUGAAUCGACUCCGCUCGGAGCUGGGAGCAACAGACUUGGAGAAGCAUUUAGAAAUCCUGGAAUCAGAGAACGAACAGCUGAAACAGGAACUGAGCGCCUGCCAGUCCUCUCUGCACGAGUUUCAGGGAGCUCGCUCGGGCUGUGUGGACUGCCAUCACAACCAGGACCUGCGCGUGGGCCUAGCCCAGCUGGAGGCGGAGGUCGGGCAGAAAGACAUCAUGCUGGCGGAGCUGCAGCAGGGCCUGGAGAGGAAGGCCAGCCAGGUCUCGGAGCUCAACAGGCAGCUGGAGGACUCCCAGCAGCAGAGGGAAGACCUGGAGGAUAGGCUGAGGGAUUGCCAACAAGCCCUGGCCAAGCAGGCUGCCCAGGUCCCACAGGUCCAGUAUGUCACUAAGACGGUGGAGGUGGAGUCGAGCCGGUCCAAGCAGGCUCUGUCGGACGCUUUGUCCCGGAACCAGUACCUGCAGGAGCAGGUGGGAUGGCAGAGGCAGCUCCUGAGAGAGCUGGAACAGCAGCUGCAGGACUCGCAGAACACCACAACGCAGCUCCGUGCACAGCAAUGCGCUGACAGGAGCCGUCUUUGUCGGCUGCUCUCUAGAGCGGUGGGGAGUCACAGUGGCACGUUGGUUCGUAGGUUGUCAAAGAUCAUGCUGUAUGAGAGCGAGAUUGAGCGGAGUCAGGGUGAGCUGGUGGAUGAGCUGCAGUGCUUAGAGGAAGAGAAGAACCGGGUCAUCGAGGAGGCCUUCGUGCGAGCCGAGAGCGAGAUGAAGGCAGUCCAUGAGAACCUAGCCGGGGUGAGGAUGAACCUCCUGACUCUGCAGCCUGCCCUGCGGACUCUGACCUGCGAUUAUAACUGCCUGAAGAGACAGGUGCAGGACUUCCCCUUCCUCCUGGAGAAAGCCAUCGGUGAAGCCAAGCAGGAGAUCUGCCAGGUCAUCGGGGAGGUCAGCGCCACCAACCAGGACCUCCUGUCCAAGUACAAGCGGGAGAUGAUGCUGAGGAAGAAGUGUCACAACGAGCUGGUGAAGCUGAAAGGAAACAUCCGUGUUUUCUGUAGAGUCCGUCCUUUAGCCAAGGAGGAUGGCGAUGGGCCUGACUCCAAGAACGUGGUAACCUUUGACCCUGAAGACGAUGCUCUAAUGAGCAUAUGGCACAAGGGGAAGCCGAUCGCGUUUGAGCUGGAUAAAGUCUUCCCUCCACAAGCAACACAGGGAGACGUUUUCCAAGAAGUCCAAUCCUUAAUCACUUCCUGCAUUGAUGGCUACAAUGUCUGUAUAUUCGCCUAUGGACAGACGGGCUCAGGGAAGACCUACACCAUGGAGGGCGUCCCGCAGGAUCCAGGGAUUAACCAGCGUGCACUGCGGCUGCUGUUCUCAGAGGUGGAGGAGAAGGUGUCAGACUGGGAGUUCACCAUCACUGUCAGCAUGGUGGAGAUCUACAACGAGACACUGAGGAAUUUGCUGGGAGACAACCCCAAUGAAAAGCUGGAUAUUAAAAUGUGUCCGGACGGGAGCGGACAACUCUAUGUUCCUGGACUCACAGAGUUCAAGGUUGAAAGUGUGGAUGAUAUCAACAGGGUGUUUGAGCUGGGUCAAAUGAACCGGGCCACAGCCUGCACCAACCUAAACGAUCACAGCUCCCGCUCCCAUGGGCUGCUCAUCGUCACGGUCAGUGGGAUCAACUGCACCACCGGUGGCCGCAGCACAGGCAAGCUGAACCUGGUGGACCUGGCGGGUUCGGAGCGCAUUGCGAAGUCUGGUGCGGAGGGCAGCCGGCUCAGGGAGGCGCAGUGCAUCAACAAGUCUCUGGCAGCGCUGGCAGACGUCAUCCACGCCCUGCGCUCCAAACACGGGCACAUCCCCUUCCGCAACUCCAAACUGACGUACCUGCUGCAGGACUCGCUGAGCGGAGACAGCAAGACGCUCAUGAUGGUCCAGGUCUCUCCAGUCGAUAAGAAUGUGAGCGAGUCGGUUUGCUCCCUGAAAUUCGCCCAGAGGGUUCGCUCAGUGGAGCUGGGGCCGGCCACACGCAAAGCCGAAUACCAGUCCUCCACCUCCUCUUCUCCCACCCCCACUCAGGAAAACCUGGAGGUGGAUUCUCCACCAGCAACCCCAAUGCCCACUGUGUCGACACGCGGGGCUGUUACUGCCUCUGGACGGACAGGGGGCAGCACCAGGAGGAAACUCCCUCCCUCAGGAAGAGUAAAAUUUACAGCCUGACAUGGAAAGGGACCUGCAAUCCUGGAACGUAUUUAUUUUUUGGUCCCUGGAUCUUCUGCCUAUACCUGUUGUAUCCACUGGACUGUGCACUGAUCAGCUGAAGUAGAGGACUCUGUGUGCAAUUUCAGCAUGGCUGUCUCCUUCUCAUUGCUGAUUUCCUGCUGCAAUGGGUUCUUCUAGAGGUGACAUUGUCUGUGGCACAGAACUGAGAUCUCCUGUCUUCAGCCUUUGCCAAUCAACUGAACUGCUGCCUUUUUAUCUGGAGGUUUUUGAUAUUUGAAGCUUGGAAAGGGGCGGGGAAGGGGGGGCACAUCUCCAUUCUUAGUUUUGCUGAGUGGGGUAAGCACUUUAUUUGUUCUGCUGUAAGACCAAUACAUGUAUUUUAAUAUAUAAAUGUAAUUUUUUUUUAAUGUUCUAUAUUGUGGUAUUGUUUUUAGGGUACUGUAACAAACUGAAAAGAAAACAAAUUUACGUACCUCCCUGGAUUGAUAAAUAAAGUCUUUAUUUUUUUUAUUGAUUUAGGUGAAAUGCACUAAAAUAGGACACAUGUGUUUUGUAAGCAAGCAGUGAGAUGCCUUUAUAUCUAUGCAAUAGUUUUUAAUUCUUCAGACCCAUUUAUUUUUAUUGGGAUCUUUUAGCUUGGAGCAUAAUUCUGAUAAGAAAUGGGUAAGUAUCGGAGUUCCAGUACUAAAAGUGAAAGUUAACUGUCUACUAUGGAAAAGUGCUUCCAUUAUGAGAAUCAGUCCCUUAUAAUUUAACCAGCCAUUCAAACCCAUACCCAAACAUAACAUAACAUAACAUGUGUUUUAAGGUUCAGACAGUUUCAUUUCAUUCCAGAGUAGAACUACAGUGUGCAUAUGAAAUGCUAAAGUGAGCUUGUGUGAUAUAUCUCAAAAAAACAGUUUGCAUGGAAAUCUAUGAAAUAGCCAGCAACACAGCUCUAUACUGAACCCUGCAGCUUACUCAGCACCCCGAGACACAAUAGAACUUCAGUAUAUUUCUACCAUGUGUGCAGCGCUACCACAGAGCCUUAGCUGGUGUAGGAAAAUCAUUUUCUACUCUUAAUAAACAGCGAGAACUGGCACACAGAGUACAUGGAAAGGUGAAUAAUUAUACUUUAGUUUGGGAUUUCAUUAGAUCGUUUUUUUUAAUUUUAUGAUAAGUCCUCCAAUACUCCCUGACCAGUUCCGCUGAUAAUUUCGGUUUGCUUGAUAAUAAUAAACAUUAAACCAAGCAACAUGGGAUCAGAGCCAUUACUACAUCCUAUAUCAAAUAUUAUCCUGAAAAUCCUACCUUCCAAAUGGACCUGCUUUUAAUGAGUUAAUGCAAUAAAACCCAAUUGGACUUAAUUGGUGUGUAAAUAAAUUGCAAAGAAAGCACUGUACAGAUGUUUUUGUAGAAUACCAUUUAAUUGUACCUGACCAGUAUUUUCUAAUGUUCUGUUUGUAAAUGUUUUCUUUAUCUGUGUGUUCAAGCAGAAGUUUAAAAAAAAAAAAAAUGUAUACUUGGCAACAACACAUAUGUGUUUUGUUUUUUUUUUAAAGCCAAAAUGCUUUUGUUACAUUCAGUGAACUUCUUAUUUUAAGCCUUGACAUACAUUCGAAAUGAAUUACAAUUAAAAACAUAUUCUUGUUUUGGUUUUAUUAAUUUA